CCGUAUACUAGGGAAUCCAAAUCCUCUUUGGCUCCCUCCCUCUCUCAAUAUAUUUGGAGGAAAGACGGAUCACAGUUGCAAAGCAUAGCAGAGAAUAGCAAAAAGGUAGGAUCCAUGGCUCAGUUGAUAGGUAAGGCAAAGAACUUCGUGGCAGAGAAGGUGGCUCACAUAAAGAAACCAGAAGCGAACCUGACGGAUGUAUCAGUUAAGAAAGUUAGCAAAGACUCGGCCACCUUCAAUGGCCAAGUCUCUGUAUCCAACCCAUAUAGCCACGAUCUCCCCAUCUGCGAGAUCACCUACUCUCUGAAGAGCGCAGACAGAGUAAUAGCAUCAGGGACGAUGAUGGAUCCAGGGUCAAUCAAGGCCAAGGAGACAACAGCGCUCGACAUCCCUCUCAAAGUCCCUUACGACUUCCUAUUGAGUCUUGCCAAGGACGUAGGCAAAGACUGGGACAUCGACUAUGAAUUCCAAGUAGGACUCUGCAUGCAAAUCCCUGUCAUUGGCAAGUUCACGCUCCCCCUCUCUAAGAAGGGGGAGAUGAAGCUCCCAACCAUUGCUGACGUUUUCUAAUUCACUCUUCUACUUUAUUUAUUUAUUUAUUAUUUACCUCUUUCUUUUCUUUUAUCGGGCAUUGUUUAUAACAAUGAAUAAAAGUUUCCUGUGGCGACCUAUCUACUGCAUGCCACCACUGCACAACGGAAUUCUUUUAAGGCUCCUUUGUGAAAUUUUGGAUUUUUUUAUUUUUUAAUUAUUAUUUAUUUUGUUAUGUGGCAGCAUGGGUUUUCAAAAUCCUGAUUUUAGAAAUUAUCUUUGGAGCAUUUGAUUUUGACUCUUGGAUUCCUAAAAUUAUUUCAUGGUACAUUCACGUGAUAAAUGAAAGUGAUGAAUUAAAUACUCUAAAAGAAAAUAAACAUGACAUAAUUAAGUGUGCAACAGAGGAUAACUUUGUGCAAUCUAAGAUGAACAUAAGAUGAUCAUUAAGUUGGCUAAUAAAUAAAAUAAUUCCAAACUUUUAAUAACUUAGAAAAAGUAGUCUCACUAAUUUUAUAAUUGAAACAAAAUUUUAUAUUUCUUUUUAAUUAGUUGUCAACUUUAUUUAAUACUUUAAUCUUUAUAAUAAUUGCUUGGGCUUUCCAACACUAUGUGAAUGUAAGCGAAUGCAAAUGAAAAUGUUAAUGAAUGUGAAUAGUUAAAAGAAGAGAGGGUAAUUAUGAUGGUUGGAAAUGAUUCUAACAUUUUAGAUUUUGAAUCCUAUGAAAAUGAAAUUUAGAAUUUUCAGAAUUUAACAUUUUGGUGUGGCAACAACUGGCUUUAUUGGUAGGAGAUGUUAAAAUUUGAUAAAGAAAAUUAAAUGCGCAUAUUGGCCAAUGGAUGAGUGUUUUGUCUUCUGUAAGGCAGUGUUUGUGUUUGGAUGUAGGCAAAGCUGGUUAGUGCAUGUGCUAAUAUGGGUUGACAACAUGUCACAUGUAAACAUGGUUCUGCACAAUGAGUCAAAAUGAGAAAAUGUACAUCAAAUUCGAUCCUUCUUUACUCAACUACUCUUUUAUAUUUUACUCAUGCCUCACUCGUAGACUCACCCAUUGUGUGGGUGUGAGUGCGUGUGAAAAAAAAUAAAAUAAUAAAUAAAUUUGUUGCUCAAAUAUACCUGCACGCUAAAAGCCUUUUAUGUGGUACAUGCAUCACACGUGUCUGUGGUGUGCAAUCGUUCAUUUUUGGAGCAGCCACGUGUAGCACCUCACAUCAAUGGUGUACACAUGUAAUAAAUGUUAAAAAUGUGUAAACAACUAUCUUAAGCUUUGUUAGUAAACUGGAUCAUCCUGCUGUCUGGAGUGGUGUAUUUGUCCAACCUCUCUAACCUCUGUUUUUUUUAAUUUUUUAUUUAAAUUAUAAUUUUUACUGGACAUAUGCUGGGAAUAACCAACUUGGCUCUUUGGUGCAAGUGGUCUAAUAAGAGUAAUGUAAAUGACCCGAUUUAUAUAUAUAUAAAAA